AUGUCCGUCUGGAACCCGGACAACAUUCGUGAUGUCGCGGAGUCGAUCGGGAUCACUAAUCUCAAUCACGAUGUGACCGAGAACCUUGCUCGUGACGUUGAAUACCGCGUUGCGCAGGUGCUGGAGGAGGCGCUGAAGUCAAUGCGCCACGGCAAGCGUACACUCCUCACCACCCAAGAUAUCUCUCUUGCCCUGAGGAAUCUGGAUGUGGAGCCUCUUUAUGGCUACGAAUCUCUCCGUCCGCUCCGGUUUGGUGAAGCGUCGCUGGGUCCCGGUCAACCGCUUUUCUACGUUGAAGACGAGGAGGUGGACUUCGAGAAGCUGAUCAACGCGCCGUUACCCAAGGUCCCCCGGGAAGUGUCCUUUACUGGUCACUGGCUCGCAGUCGAAGGCGUGCAGCCAUCCAUUCCUCAGAACCCCACCGCAGCAGAUUCUCGCAACCUCGAGCUGGUAUCGAAGGGACCGAACGCUAAUUCCACCUUGGCAGCGAUGAGCGGCAGCGGUGAUGUAUCAGUCAAGCCACUGGUGAAGCACGUGCUUUCCAAGGAGUUGCAGUUGUACUUUGAGAAAGUUUGCAGUGCAUUCCUGGACGAAACAAGCGAAGAUUACCGAACGUCAGCAUAUGCCAGUCUGCGGGAGGAUCCCGGUCUGCACCAAUUGGUGCCAUAUUUCGUCCAGUUCAUUGCAGAGAAGGUCACCCAUAGCCUCAAGAAUAUAUUCGUGCUUACUCAAGUGAUGCACAUGGCCGAGGCCCUCGUGCAGAACCAAUCCCUCUACGUUGACCCUUAUAUUGCUUCUCUUGUUCCCUCCAUCUUGACCUGCCUGAUCGGCCGACAACUCGGCGGGGCCAGCGAUCUGGCUGAACAAUUCGCCCUCCGUGACCUUGCAGCCUCGCUGCUUGGUCUCAUCGCGAAGAAGUACUCCCAUUCGUCACACAUGCUCAAGCCUCGUCUUGUACGAUCCUGCUUGAAGAGUUUCCUCGAUCCUUCCAAGCCUUUCGGUGCCCAUUACGGAGCUGUGAUCGGGCUGCAGGCCGUCGGUGGUGCCGAGGUGGUCCGCGUGCUUAUUAUUCCCAACCUCAGUGACUACUCCAAACUGCUCAGCGAUGGCAUCGAUGAUGCAGCUCGUCGGCCCGCUGCCGAGCGUGUAUUGAGCGCACUCCUGGCCGUUCUGGUGGCUGUUCGUGAUGCCCACGCACCUCUGGUCAAUGGCCACCCCGCAACCGUCACGGAUGAAUUGCUCUCUCAGUUGAGGGAGAAAGUGGGUGAUCUGAUUGCCACGAGAAUUGCUGAGGCCAACGAUGUGCAGCUAGCUCGUGUGAUCGUGGAGGCUUAG